AUGUUCCAGCGUGAUGAUUUCUCGUCUCCAGUUUCAGGCCUCAUCGUGGUUUUAUUUUCAGUUCUUAACUUUGACCUCAACUCUGUCAACAGAUACGGAUACACAUAUGUUCAUAAAGAUUGGCUAAAGGAAGAAUACAUUCUUACUCGUCGGAGUCGCUCCAACGGCACUUCAAGCGUGAUUCUGGCUCUGGUACUUGCCAUGGAGGUUCCUUCGUCAAAGCCUCCAAUGUUGAAGCUAUUAAAAGAAGCAAUAGGGGAAGCACUUAUUAGUUCCAGCCAAGUCGUGGAAGGGUUUUCUGUAUUGGCAGACGAUCUAGAUGAUCUUGGAGCACCCGAGUAG